AUGCUUGGCCAGGGCUGGCUGUGCGAGAGGUUCAGCUCCAAGCAGCGCCCGCCCGACUCUCGGCAGUUCCGGGCCCUGCAGGCGCUGGCGGAGUGGCGCGACCGCCUGGCAAGGUCCUUGGACGAGUCCUGGAACUUCGUCGCGCCCGACGCCUGCCUCUGGCGCAUUGCGCUGGCUCUGCCGGCCACCGCCUCGCGCCUGCGGAGCACGUGCAACCCGCUGCCCCAGGUGGUCCAGGACCACGCGCAGGAGCUCGUGGACCUUCUCGCCAAGGCCGCCGAGGACGUGCGGCUCACCCCCCUGCUGCGGCCGGCGGCCCCGCCCGCGGCCCCGCCCGGGCUCGACGGCAGCCGCGGGCCGCCCGGAGCGGCGGCGGCCGCCGCGCCCGCAGCGCGGCAGGGCGCGGCGCCCCCGGCGGCUCGCCAGCAGCCGGCGGCGCCCGCCAGGGAGUGGCCAUGCAGCGCGGGGGCCAGCGGCGGCCCGAUAGUGCCGGUGGUGUGCGGCAGGCAGCGCGCCCCGAACGGCUCGGGCGACCCCCGCAUGGUCCUGGGCUCGCUCUUCGACGGGGGCAGCAGCUCGUCGGACGGGGAGGCGGGCGCCGCGGCCGCGGGCGGCCUGCCGCCUGGCGGCCCGCCGCCGGGCGGCCGCGGCAGGGUGGACGCCAUCCGCAGCGCGCUGCGCUUCCUCCCGGCGGCGCCCGCGCCGGGCGCCUCCGCCGCCGAGGCCGCCCAGCGCGUGGUCCCCGCGGCAGCCGCGGGCGCCGCGCCGGACGCCUCGCUCGCACCAGGGGCGGUCGUCAUGGCGGAGGAGCCCGUCGCGCCCCUGGGGCGGAGGAAACGCAAGCGCAGGGCGGGCGGGGCGAUGGACUGCCUGGAGUCAGUAGUCAACGCGAUGGCGGCGGACUCGUGCUCGGCCCCCAUGCUGGGCGACCCUGACGGAGCCGUGUCUCCAGCCACGGGAAGCGGAAAACCCGCCAAGAAGAAGAAGAAGAGGAAGGGCGCUGGGAAGGCCCUGGGCGCGGCCACUGCUGUCGACCCCUACUUGUGAAGGCGCCGCCGCGGGAUCGCCCCUCCCCGCCAGGGUGCACGCCGCCGCGCCGCCGUCGGCCAGCCAGCGGCGCCCGCUCGACCUGAGCGGCGCGCGCGCGCGCCUCUCGGCUCGACCGGCGAGGAGAAGAGGCCCCUUCCUCGCAUCAGGGGCAGCGCC